UGUAAACUGGGGUGUGCAUACUGUCUCAGCUGCUGCAGUCUGUUUUUGUUAAGAAUACCGGACUGUGUAAUAGUGGUUUGAUGUUUCCAGAAUGUUGGUGAUUGGAAUAUGAACACCGACAAGGUAUUUUGACAGCAUCCGAAUUGAUAUCGCUAUCAUCGGACGUAUUAUAUACUCGAGUGAUCUGGAUGUGUAUUCGAAAUAGGCCGUAUCUCGGUCUAUUAUUUUGACUGCACAGGAUCAGAAAAAAACCCAUCGCGAAAGCGAGUGGGUGAUGAUAGGGAGUUGUUUGCUAGUUAGCACAUCAGCAGGACAUGAUACCGUCGUUUGUUACAAACAAACGGCAUUGCUAGACUAGAAAUGGACAUGGUUAGACGUGCAAUGUUAGCCAUCUAGCUAACCAGCAAGAUGGAAUGGAAAAUAAGUGCUGUCAUAUGUUCUUAGCCAGUUAGCCGCUUUCCUGGCUAAUGGGUAGACGAGGGCUAGCUAGCUAUGUAUUUUAAUCGGCACCUACUCCUAGCCUAUUGCUAAUUACUUUGCUAACUAUUUACCCGUUUAUAAAGUAGAAUCUUGCUACCUUGCGGUUAUUUUUUUUGUGCACGCGUCCUCACACGUCUCUUGAGAGAACAAUUUUGCUGCUGCUGGAAGAGAAACGGUGAAAGCUGUAUAGCAAGUUGCUAGCUACAUUUGAUAAACAAUGGCUCAAGAGGCGUUUCCUUUUCAUUUUCUGGUUUGGAACAACCAAUACCUUGAGCUUGAACGGCAACUACAAAAAAACGAGGAGAAUGUGGAUCGCUUGGACCCGCGGGGGCGCACCCCGCUAGAGCUGGCUGUGUGUCUGGGCCACCUGGAAUCAACCCGUGUGCUGCUCAGACACUCUGCAGACCCAACGCACUGCAACGCUCAGAGCUGGACUGUUUUGCAGGAGGCAGUGAGCACAGGGGAUCCUGAGCUUUGUCAGCUGGUGCUGCAGUAUAGAGACUUCAAGCGAGCCACAGAGAGACUGGCCGGCAUCCCAGAACUGCUCAGCAAGCUAAGACGGGCUCGGGAUUUUUACGUGGAGAUGAAAUGGGAGUUCACCAGUUGGGUCCCCCUGGUCUCCAAGGUGUGUCCCAGUGAUGUGUACCGCGUAUGGAAGAGUGGCUCGUGUCUGCGGGUGGACACCACUCUACUGGGCUUUGAGCACAUGACCUGGCUCAAGGGCCGUCGCAGCUACAUCUUUAAGGGCGAAGAGAAUGGCGCUGUGGUGAUGGAGGUGGACCAUGACAAGCAGGUGGUGUACACAGAGCCUCUGUCUCUCUCCCUGCGGGACGCUCCAUCUCUCCUGGCUGCCAUGCUGCCCACCCAGGAGAACACUGCCCAGAGACUCACCUCCCCUAUCGUCUCCACACACCUCAACACACGCAACAUCGCCUUCGAGAGGAACAAGUCUGGCAUUUGGGGCUGGCGCUCUGAGAAAAGUGAGUUAGUCAGUGGCUACGAAGCCAAGGUGUACAGCGCCACUAAUGUGGAGUUGGUGACCCGAUCAAGAACAGAGCACCUGUCGGACCAGGACAAGUCAAAGAGCAAAGGCACAAAGACUCCUCUUCAGUCCUUCCUUGGGAUAGCUGAGCAGCAUACUGCUCCUAAUGGGAGUAAUGUUUCUCAGUGUGCCAGCCCCCAUAACCCCACAGCCAUCACCGCUGAGGAAUACUUUGACCCAGAGUUCCAACUCAAUGAACGAGACAUCGGACGCCCCGUGGAGCUCACCAGCAAAGUCCAGAGGUACCGCUGUUGCCAUGGCAACAGAGAGCCGGGAUCACCGUCGUCAUGCUUGGACAAGCACAAUAUCACCGCCAUGUUUAAUGCAAGUGUCUCUAUUUUUCUCUCUCUGUCUCUCUCUCUCUUUAGGUUUAAGGCCCAUCUGUGGUUGAGUGAGGCUCACCCUCUGUCAUUGGCUGAGCAGGUCACGCCCAUCAUUGACCUCAUGGCCAUCUCCAACGCCCAUUUUGCCAAACUACGUGACUUCAUCACUCUGAGCCUGCCCCCCGGCUUCCCGGUCAAAAUAGAGAUCCCUCUGUUCCAUGUGUUGAAUGCCAGAGUGACCUUCAGUAACCUGUGUGGCUGUGAUGAGCCUGUCAGCUCGGUUACUGUACACACACCCGAGGAGGCCCCCGAAGCUGGGCAGACCCUGCGUCCAUUUCACUGCGAGGUGGACCCCUCCGUAUUUGAACCACCCCCAGACUACACCACGCUUGGUCCGGGCCGCAGCGAGCCAAUGAGAGACGAGGACGAUAACUUGCUGCAGUUUGCCAUCCAGCAGAGCCUAUUGGACGCAGGGACAGAGAGCGACCAGGUGACUAUAUGGGAGGCUCUGACUAACAGUCGUCCUGUUUCUGGGCAAAUACAGUCACCCCUGUACGAGGACGACUCUCAGCUGGAGAGGGCCAUCCAGGAGUCCCUGUCGAUCUCAUUGGCUGGUGGUGAGGAAGGAGAGCCUGCAGAUCCUGCCCCUCCCCUGUCCGUCUCGCCGUCGCACCCCGGAGCCUACUCCCCUCCCUCCUACAGCUCAGUGGCUGAGCCACGGUUGCCGGGGUCAUUUCCCGGGGCAAACAGCUUUGACGAGCAGCUACGCAUCGCCAUGGAACUCUCGUGCAGGGAACAGGAAGAGAUGGACAGGGCGAGGCAGGAGGAAGAGGAUGAGCUGGAGAGGAUCCUUCAGCUGUCACUUUUAGAGAAGUAGCCACGUGUCUUGAUUGGGGAACAAACAUGUUAAGUUAUUGUUUUAGUUUUUUUACCCUGCAAUGUUAAAUUAUUAUUUUAUUGUUUUCAUUUAUGAUGUCUUAAUAAUUGGGCAUUAGGAGAGUAUGGGACCAGACUGCAGGGAGGGAGGUAGGGAGUUAAAGAUGCUACUGGCCUCAAGGUGGGUAAAAGCAAUCUGGUGGAAACUACUUUCCAUUCACCAGUGGGCACCUGCUCUAUUUGCUGUCACCAGUCCAGUGGGAAGGGUUGUUUUGAGAGAUGAGGGUCACUGGGAGGGAGAGAUGGUAAAACUAGCAGUGCUGCUGUGAGAGUGCACUUAAGGCCCUGAAUGGAUGGAGAGAACACUUUUAUUUAGCUUUAUUUUUCACAACCCAGCUGUCAUUGAGUGAUAAGUCCUUUAACCUUUCACCUAUGAUACAAACUGAUAAUAGUGAUAUGAUUUUAAAAAUACUGAUAUAUAUAAGAUAAUUGUUGAUAAAAAAUAUAUUGUAAUGGUUGAAACACAAUUAUGCUGGUUGACUCCUGCGUGUGACUUGGAAAAUAAAUGUAUUCAAUGGUCCUGAA